UGGAAUGCAGUGGCUUUGUGGGCAUGGGAUAUCGUAGUAGACAAUUGCGCCAUAUGCCGGAAUCAUAUAAUGGACCAUUGCAUAGAAUGCCAGGCGAACCAGGCGUCAGCAACUAGUGAGGAAUGCACGGUGGCUUGGGGGGUCUGCAAUCAUGCCUUUCACUUCCACUGCAUAUCUCGAUGGCUGAAGACCAGGCAGGUCUGCCCACUGGACAACAGGGAGUGGGAAUUCCAAAAGUUGGUUUUGGUUUCAGUUUUGUGGUGA